AUGGAUGAGUUGACAAUACAGAAUGAUUCCUUGACUUAUUUAUCUGAUAAAUAUGGGUAUUUGAAAACCGUGUUGGAGAAAUCAGAUGGUUUCAUAAAUGAUAUCAAAUUGAGUAGUGAGAAGGACAAGAAAAGGAUGUAUUAUACCUUGAUUUUCUUUGGAUUAUGUGUUUUAAGAGUAUUUUGGAGAAGAUUGUUCAAAUUGCCUGUCAUGUUUGUUUUCAAUAUCAUUUUCUAUUUCAUGAAGUUGACCUUAGCAACAAUGGGACUUAUUUCAUCAAAAAGAGUCGAAGUUGAUUCCAUCAGGCCCGAAACCCAAUCAAGUAUUCAACAAUUUGCAACAGUAACAACAGAGUCCAGUACUCUAUCUGACCCAAUUUUUGUUUCGAGUGCAACUGAAAUAAGUGAUGAGGAUAGUGAGUUUGAUGAAGCAUUAUCUAGGAUAAUUGAUGAACUUUAG